UCCUCUUUCCGUUUGUGACAGAGAGAAUCUCUCCCUGAUGCUGAUGGUUUGGGCCUGGUUUAUCCAGCCUCCAUCAUUCCACGGAGAGAAACAGAUUCUCUCUUUUGAAAUGGUAUAUUUCUCCUCCACUCCCUCAUUCAUUCGGGACCGGAUCCUCUCGGCAUUCCUUAUCUAAAUCUGGUCUGAUUUCUGGUUGGUCGAUCUACAUUAAGGGGACUGAACCACAGCAGUCUGCUGCUAGCAGCGAAGAGGUGAACCAUAUAUAGAUUCUUACUCAUGGCGAUGACCCCCCACACCGCUGAGGUAGCUCGUCUCUACCAGACAGAGUUUAUCCGUAGCGCCCGGGCGGUGGGCGUCCUCUGGGCUGUGUGUACCCUCUGCUUCGCUAUCAUCGAGGUUGUCAUCCUCAUACAGCCCUCCUGGGUGGGCACCAGAGAGGUUCACUAUCAGGGAGGGGGCCCCGCGCCAAAGACUGGCACCCUGGGACUGUUCGAGGUGUGUGUGGAGUCUGAUUGGCCGGUUCCAGAGUGUCGUGGAUCCCUGAGCACUCUGACCCCGCUCCCAGCCUUCCAGUCACCUGCCGUGCUGGUCUGCAUGUCCCUGACCAUGGUCUGGGCCAGCGUCGGCUGCCUCUCCCUCUUCAGAUUCUGCAACGCCGCCACCGUCUACAAGAUCUGCGCUUGGCUGCAGCUUACUGCAGGGUUCUGCCUGGCUCUAGCCUGCGUGCUGUUCCCUGACUCGUGGGAUUGUGCGGACAUGCGGGACCUGUGUGGGGAGGGGGUGACCAGUUUCUCCUCAGGAAACUGCUCUGUGCACUGGGCCUUUGUCCUGGCCUUGUUGGGGGUCCUGGAUGCUGCCAUCCUGGCCACUCUGGCCUUCGUACUGGGCAACCGACAGGACGCUCUGCUGCCAGAGGACACCAAGGAUGUGACUGGGUUUCUGCUGUCUGCAUAGACUGGCUGGAUCCCAUUCUGGAUUAUAUAUAUAUAUAUAUAUACACAGCUAGAAGAAGAACCCUCUGACUCCUCCCCCUUGGUAUUACAUCACCAUGCAUAUCCUGGUUACAUAAUGUCCCUGCAUGGAAACGGUCACCUGGCAACAGUAGGCCCGCAGCUGUGUUCCACUCCCUGAGAUGGAGGACAAUGAUCUCCUUGAUGUUUUAAAAUCCUUGAGAGGCUGCUGGCGCUGGACUCAGGAGGAGGGAAGGUGGUGACACACUGAGAAUUCAGCACACGAGUGCUGUUACAGUUCAUUAAUAUAUGACAGAUUAUAUACAGAUAUAUUUCUCAAUGUUCAGUGUUUGAGGGACAGUGUCUUGUAGGAAUCAUGAGUUGAAAUUAUCGAAUACUUUUGAUGUUGUUUGUCCCCUCUAAUAUGAGCAAAUAUUUUGCCUUAUUUCCAUAUCACCCCCCCCCCCCCAUUUCCAUAUCCCCCCCCCAAUACAUUACAUGAGGGAGGCUAGAUGUGAUGAGGAUGUUUGAGAAUGGGAUGUUGGAAAACCUUUAUUGUAGAGUUUCUGUCUUAGAAACAUUCCAUAGUAUAUACCUUUUCUUAUCGGGUGUAAAUGUACAUUUUUUUUUGUAUUAAAUGGCUUUUUGUUUAUAUUGAGCCUGAUACUGAGUAAUUUGUCAAAUUCUGUUAAUAUGUGCAUGCUUUAAUGUAGUCCCCUUUACAGUAAAUACGUGAGGUACUGUAUUUCUUUGUUUCUGUAUUGUGUGCUGCCUGAACUGCCUGUGACAAGAAGGCAACAUUCUACAACACAAUAUUCAAACUCGUUCGAUCUCGAAACGCAAACAGACAGAGAAAUCAUGCUUUCACAUCGACAUUUAUUACUGUGAUCCACUUUUGCGAAAAAUAUAGUGCGCCAGACGUGUAUUUUUUCUCCUAGAUUUUUAACUGCAGAAGUUGGCUAAAAGCCACAACAAUAAUCGGAACCACAGUUUGUCUCCACAAACAUUAAAUCAUGAGGAAAAACAAAUAUACAAGGGAGUGAAGGGCUGGGGGUAGGCGGGAUGUGGAGCUGUAAGUUGCACAUCCAGUAUACAGUGUGUUUUUCAUGGGCAGUACAGUACUGUGUUAUCCAGUAUACAGUGUGUUUUUCAUGGGCAGUACAGUACUGUGUUAUCCAGUAUACGGUGUGUUUUUCAUGGGCAGUACAGUACUGUGUUAUCCAGUAUACAGUGUGUUUUUCAUGGGCAGUACAGUACUGUGUUAUCCAGUAUACGGUGUGUUUUUCAUGGGCAGUACAGUACUGUGUUAUCCAGUAUACAGUGUGUUUUUCAUGGGCAGUACAGUACUGUGUUAUCCAGUAUACAGUGUGUUUUUCAUGGGCAGUACAGUACUGUGUUAUCCAGUAUACAGUGUGUUUUUCAUGGGCAGUACAGUACUGUGUUAUCCAGUAUACAGUGUGUUUUUCAUGGGCAGCACAGUACUGUGUUAUCCAAUAUACAGUGUGUUUUUCAUGGGCAGCACAGUACUGUGUUAUCCAAUAUACAGUGUGUUUUUCAUGGGCAGUACAGUACUGUGUUAUCCAAUAUACAGUGUGUUUUUCAUGGGCAGUACAGUACUGUGUUAUCCAAUAUACAGUGUGUUUUUCAUGGGCAGCACAGUACUGUGUUAUCCAAUAUACAGUGUGUUUUUCAUGGGCAGUACAGUACUGUGUUAUCCAAUAUACAGUGUGUUUUUCAUGGGCAGUACAGUACUGUGUUAUCCAAUAUACAGUGUGUUUUUCAUGGGCAGUACAGCACUGUG